UCUGUAUUAGUUUACUUAUGAGUAAGGAAAAUUAAAGGGUGUUUGACAUUGUUAAUUGUUUAUUUUUUUCUACAAUAUUUUGAUGACUAUAACAUGGAGUAGAUUAUAGUGAAAUUUUCCUAUGGCCUUUUUGGCUUUGUUUGAAUUGAUGGAAUCGGAUGGAGUGGAGCGGUAUGAGAUGGAACGGAGUGGUAUUUCAUUGUUUGGAUCAUUUAAAAUCGAAUGGAGCGGAGCGGAAUGGAGUGGUAACGAUUCUAUUCCAUUUCAUCACUUACCAUCAGAUUUCUUCCCCUCCGAUUUGGAUGGAGUGAAGAAUUUGGCUUGUUCCGUCCAAAAAAUUUCAAACGAUGGAAUUGAAUUUUCAUUCUGCUCUAUUCCGCUCUAUUAUACUCUGUUCAUUUUAUGAUAUUCAAACAUAGCUUAAGUAGAACAUCAUGGAGAAAAAUAAGUUUUUGGUAGUUUUUAAAUAGGGACGGUUCUAUGAAUUUGAUUGCUGAGAAGUUAGGUUAUUAUUCGAUGAAAUUAAGUACCUUUAUCUGAAAAAAUGUGUAGGAGGAACAAAUUAUCAAGCUGAGCUUUUUGGAGGCGACAAAGAUUACUGUUUGAAGAGUUGUAAACUUAUGUGUCUCCUGCCAGAGGUCUGAAGUUGAAUUGAUGGAGUGUACACCUGCUAGAAAGACACAGAAAGCUGACCGAGAAAAGUUAAGGAGGGAUCGACUCAAUGAACAGUUUGUAGAACUUGGUAGCAUUUUAGACCCUGAUAGACCCAAAAAUGAUAAAGCAACCAUUCUAGGUGAUACGGUUCAAUUGCUGAAGGACCUUACUUCUCAAGUUAGUAAACUAAAAGAUGAAUAUACUAUGCUAAAUGAAGAAUCUCGUGAGUUGUCUCAGGAGAAAAAUGAUCUCAGAGAAGAAAAGGCUUCUCUUAAAUCAGAUAUUGAGAAUUUGAAUAACCAAUAUCAGCUGCAACUCAGGACUAUGUAUCCAUGGCCUGCAAUGGAUCAUUCAGUAAUGAUGGCUCCACCAUCAUAUCCGUAUCCAGUUCCAAUGCCGGUGCCUCCUCCUGGUUCAAUUCCCAUGCAGCCGUACCCCUACUAUGCUAACCAACAUCCUGCAAUCAUCCCUAACCCGUGCUCGACAUAUGUCCCGUUUUUAGCUCCCAACACAAUUGUUGAACAGCAAUCCACACAGUACGUAUCCCCGCCUCUUCAUCCAGGUAGCCGGUCCCACAUAUCAGGAAAACAAGAAUCCAAAAACAAAUCAUCGAGGGAGAGCAGAGCUGAAAGACAUGCAGAUUCUAAUGAUGUCGCCACAGACCUUGAGUUGAAGACUCCUGGGUCUUCUGCAGAUCAGGAUUUAUCAUCCGCACAGAAAAAAUCCAGCAAGUCUCCUUCAAGGAAGGAAAACAGUUACACAGAUGGUAGUUCCUUAGGCAAGUGUUCUUCAUCUCACAGUGUUCAGGAUAGCUCAUCAAGUAGUGUAGUUGGGAGCAGAAAAGCUAGUGAAUGAGAAAGGACUAAUGUUAGGCAAGUGAUUAUGCCUUUUGAAACUACUAUGAUGAAGGUUUUCACCGUGCUUCUGCUGCAACUAUUCCAUAGGUAUAUGUCACAUUUAUUCUUGUCCGGCAAAGAAAGCCGCUUCUGUUCUCUCUUCCUGACUAGGAAUUUAUAUUUUGAGUGCUGUGUAAUUUAAUCAUAAACUACUUUUCCUUGUGAUGGAAAAGCUUCACAGGUUCAAUUGUUUAUAUUCCUACUACUUGUGAAAA